AUGGUGCUCCGCAGAAAUCCUCAAGGACGGAUAGUGAAGGGCGAAACUGUUCCAGAUCCUACUUCCCCUGUGACCGCUUCCUUCUCUUCAAGUGGACCGAGCGUGAUGACUCCUGAUAUAAUGAAGCCAGAUGUAAGUGCCCCUGGCAUAGAUAUUUUGGCUGCAUAUCCUCCAGACGUGCCACCGACGAAAGGAGGUGGGGAUGACAGGAGUGUGAGAUUCAACGUUCUUUCUGGGACCUCAAUGUCGUGUCCCCAUGUUGCCGGUGCAGCAGCAUAUGUGAAAACAUUUCAUCCUGACUGGUCUUCCUCUGCUGUUAAGUCAGCUCUUAUGACAACAGCUUCAAAGAUACGUGAUACUACUACAAAAGGAGGUCCUUCGGGAUUGGAAUUUUCUUACGGUUCAGGGCAAAUCAAUCCCUUGAAGGCUGCAAAUCCGGGCCUAAUUUAUGAAAUCACCAAGGAUGACUAUGUGAACUUACUGUGUAGCUUGGGCUUCGAUGUAAGAAGUAUAGACAGGAACAGCACUUGCCCAAAGGGAGCCAAGAGCAUCACAGAGGCAGAACUCAACUACCCUUCUCUAAUUUUUAAAGCGCCUGUCUCGAAGCCCUUCAAGUUGGCCCUCAACAGGACCGCACAAAUGUCAGGCCUCCAACCUCGACCUAUAAGGCCAAAGCUGUUAGCGCCUCCAACGUCAACAUCACUGUGGUUCCUGAGGUCCUUUCCUUUAAGUCCAUCUCCGAGAUGA